UAUUUUUGUACAACUAGGUCCUUUAAAGCCUUUUCUAGAUUUAAGACUGUGCUUUGAGAGCCUCUGACCCCCUUUCUGUCCCCCCCUUCCAGAUGCCUCCAGGAAGGCACGGGGAGCCGGGCAAUCACUCGGAGGGCACCGAGUUCAUCCUGCUCGGUAUCACAGACCUUCGGAGCCUGCAGCUCCUGCUGUUUGCGGUCCUCCUGCCCACUUACCUGCUGACCCUGCUGGGCAACUUGCUCAUUGUGGCCCUCUCCUUGGCGGACCCCCGCCUGCAAACUCCCAUGUACUACCUCCUGAGGAAUUUCUCCCUGCUGGAGGUGGGGUUCACCUCGGACAUCAUGCCCCAGGUUCUCAGCCAGCUCCUCACGGGCCACAAGGCCAUCUCCCCCGCCAGGUGCUUCCUGCAGAUGAGCCUUUACUUCAUCCUGGGCACGGUGGAGUCCUUCCUGCUGGCUGUAAUGUCUGUGGAUCGCUACCUGGCCAUCUGCCGUCCCCUGAGGUACCCGGCUCUCAUGACUGGUCGGGUCUGCUUGGGCCUGGUGCUGGGCUGCUGGGCUGGGGGCUUCUUCUUCCUCACAGGGCCUUGCAUCUGGGUAACGUUCCUGCCCUUCUGUGGGCCAAAGGUUCUCGACCACUUCUUCUGCGACAACAGCCCACUGUUGAGGCUGGCGUGCACCGAGCCCCGGCUCCUGCAGGUGCUCUCCUUCCUGAUAGCCGUGGGCUCCCUGGCCGGCGGAGUGGCCGUGACGGCCGCGUCCUAUUUCUGCAUCAUCCGGGCCCUGCUGCGGCUGCCCUCUGUCCACGGCCGGCGCAAGGCCUUCUCCACCUGCUCUUCGCACAUCCUGGUGGUUUCCCUCAGCUACGGCAGCUGCAUUAUCAUGUACCUUCGGCCCACUCAGUCCAGCCGGCUGGACCUCAACAAGGGGGUAGUCUUCUUCAACACCGUUGUGGCCCCCCUGCUGAACCCCUUUAUCUACUGCCUGAGGAACGAGCUGGUGCAGCAGGUCAGCAGGGAGGUGCUGGCCAAAGGAAGGCUGUCUGGGCCCCUCCGGCUGUGAGUGGGGCCGGGAACUCCUGGAGAGCUCAGCACCCGGAUUGGGGGAGGGGGGCGGAGACCAAGCAGCACCUGGGGAUCCAAGCCCUGGUCUGGGGUUCAGGACUUACUCUUUGUAGCUUGGCAGGAGAUGUCUGAGGGACCUUCCGCCGUACACUUGCUGGGACUCUGAGCACGGAGCUUGUAAAGGAAAAGGAGGGGGGCAGGGAGAGAAAGAGAGCCAGAGUGGAGAAGGGAGAGGGGAGUGAAGGAGCUGGGAGGACAGAGAGAGAUCACAGAACACAGAAAGGGGAAGAAACCAGGAAGGAAAUACAGAGCAAAGUGAUCAAGAAGAAGAAAAGUGAAUAAAGAACUGGCCCGGGGAGCUCAGGGAUGGAAGGAAGGAGCAUAAAAGAAGAGACAAAGGACACAGAAGGGAGGGAACUGCAAUGGGAAGAGUGGGAGAGGGGAAGAAAAAGUGGGUGGACAAAGGGAAGGUGGGGGAGGCAGCAGAUGGAAAGUGAGCAGCAGAAUCCCAUAGGCCGCAAAGGCCAAAGGCCUCUCUGACAAGUGGGACCGAGGCCCAGAGCUUCCACAACAUCUCGUGCCCAGUAAGAAGCAGAGGGGAAUUGCACCCUGGCCCACCGAGCUCUGGGCCGGCCCACCCACACACUCCAUGGGCCGAAGGCCGCAGAACCAUGCACACGAGGAGCACUCUGGGAGCUCCUUUAUCAAGGUCUCUUCCUGGAGGGGAGGCCAUAGAUCCCAGGUUACCCAGGACUCCCCAGAGAAGUCUUCAGCACCCACAGCCUGAGGCUUGGAUGCAGAGUCCUGCGCCCACUAACUUCAAACAGAAACUACAAAGGACCGGCUACUACAGCUCCCGGGACCCAAAAGGGACGGUCUCCACUCCCAAGUCUCCGGGCCUCCAGCUUCAUACAAUGCUGGCCAAGGGAGAGGCUCUGUCCGAGGAGAGGACGUUCAACCAGGCCAUUGGCGUUGUGAGCUGUCUCCCCGCAUCCACCCCUUUGGUCAUGUGGUCUGCUCUCCAGGCCCAGGAAUGGCCCAAUCCUUAUGGCCUUGAGCCAAUCAUGUCCCAAGGAUGCUUCAAUUUCCUAAUGGUCCAAGCUGCUUGGCCCUUUUCAACAACGAGGUGUCUAUGACAAUCCCUCUAGACUUAGGUUGAAAAGUGCCGUCCGCAGCCAGAGAGAGAACUACGGAACCUGAAUGUGGAGCAGGAUGUAGGAUUUUCUCCUUCUUAGUUGUUGUUGCCUUUUGUUUGUUUUUCUCAUGGUUUUUUCUCUUUCAAACUGAUUUUUCUUGCAUUGCGUUACAAGUGUAGAAAUACGUUUAGAAUAAGUGCACAUGUUUAACAUUUGUUGGACUUCUUAUGUC